GGUCGAAGAAUUCCCCCAGCUUUUUGUCACCGAGAAGUCUUCGAUCGAAUCGAACCCUCCCAAUAUCAAUAUAUAAUAUAUAUAUAUAUAGACGACGCUUCUUCGUUGCUUUGUACUAGUUGAUGAAUGUUGUCUUCAAUGGCUUCUUCGAGCAACAGAUUCAAUUCAUCAGGUAAUGGAGAAAGAACAGAUGGGAUCUCAAUGGAGCCUGCCGAUGAAGGUGCUCCUGUUUCGAGCUUACAGGCACAACCUGAAGAAACUGAGAGGAAAGCUCGGGUUAAUGCUGUAUGGGAGCAAAUGAAUAAAGGCAUAUCUACAAAGACACUCAAAUCUAUCUCAAACAAGCCUAGUUCGACUGUAAAUACAACUACACAGAAGAUUACUUCUCGGAAGAGAUCAACUAGUUGGAUGACAUAUCUGGGCUUGGCACCAAAGAAGACAGCAUCCCCUGUGCAAGAGAAGCGAGGGAAGCAUCCUAGUCCUAUACAGAAUGGCACCAGUGAUGAGGCCAGGAGGCUUGCUGCUGCAGCCCUGUCAGCAGUUAAGGAUGCUGCUGCUUCGGCUGCUGCUUCAGGCAAGGGGAAAGUUGAGAUCACAGAGGUUCGGGACUUUGCAGGUCAAGAUAUUGAAGUAAAGAAGUUUGUUGAUGCCGAUUCGAAGGAGGCAUCUGAAAAAGCCAAAGCCACUGUAGGACCCCCUUCUGCUGUUGAUACCAUUCUUGAACAAAUUAGGAAAAAGCAAAAGCUCAAUGUGCUUGACAAAACAAAAAAGGAUUGGGGAGAAUACAAGGAAGAAAACAAGGGCCUGGAAAAUGAGUUGGAUGCUUACAAGAAGAGCUCAAAUCAGUACUUAGAUAAAGUGUCUUUCUUGCAGCGAACGGAUUAUCGGGAAUUUGAGCGGGAGAGAGAUGCACGCCUCGCCAUGCAGUCCAAGAGGAAGACAGAUAUGCGAGAGGAUGCUUGACUUUGCGGUACACCCUUGGAUUGUACUUUGACCACAUAUUUUGAUCAUUUCGGCGCAUGGGAAUUGAGAGAAGGGAAUUAGGAGUUUGUUGGUAUUUUAAGGAGAGUGAGUGCCUUCUGUACCAUGCUCAUAAUGAUAUCUGGGAUGGUUGCACCAGCCGUGAAGCGCUUCUUAAUUAUCUUGGAGUCUCUUCUGAAGUUUGUCAUCACCUUGAAGACCAAAGAAGAAUGAAUGCAUUAUUGGACUGUACACUAGUUGCCUGUUAUUCAAAUAUUUUUUGUGAUGACUUCAGAUCCUAAAACCAGGAGAAACUAGCAUCACAUAAAAUGAUGAUAUGUUUCUUUUUGGAUCAUAUUCUUUCCCAUCUUUGCAGUCCUCGGUAUAUGUGACUUUCAUUGAUUAUCUGUUGAGUUGCAAUAUUAAACUUUUUUAUGCUGCAAGAA